AUCCAGAUGCCUCAUUUUUAAACUCGCUACCAAUCUUUGGUUCAGCCCAGGCAGAAAUGGUGGUACCGGCCAGUGUCUUCUGCCUGUUGGUUGCCCCUCGCGUCCAUUAUCCGUCUAUUGAAAGGUUUGAGAGUCGGUGGUCCAGUAGGAUUUCUGCCACACCUGAACUGCCUCCCAUCACUUUCCCCUCCCAACUUCACUUCUUCACUCGGUCAGAGAUUUAUGCCUCACCUCUGGGAAUGUAGCAUCGCGUCGCGUCAUUGUUGCCCUGUUCCUGCGCCUAUUCCGCGACCUCGUGCUCACCACCUGCUUACUGACUUCGCCCACGGCUGUCCUUCCCACCGUGGGAUACUCUCCUUGUGAAGUCACCAUCACAAUCUUGAUCGCUCUCACGGAAUACAGUGGCUUUUCCAUUCUUUGUUCUGCACUAUUGACAGCCUCUUUCCUCAGGAUACAUCGCGACUCCUGAUGACAGCCGUGAUCCAAUUUUGUGGUCAUCCCGGUGCUGUUCAUGCGCCUUGAUUGUCGGGUUCUGUCAAGCCUCACCCGACAGCAGUUCGCUCACCUGCGCCUAGUUCAUCAUUGCCUGAGUCUUUCGGUCACCGGUCAUAGAGAACGAGCCAUUAACACAGAUGCCGAAAGACGGUGGUCACGACGACGAAGUUGCGGUCGCGCUUCCACGUCCAGAUCCACAUGGAAGAGUAGUCAUCGAGAUUUCUGAUGAUGAGUCUGACCAUGAACUCAUAGCUGAUCAUCAGGUAGCUUGGCAUGACAACGGCGACAAUGACUUGCGUCUUACGACCACCCACGAUAGUCUGCCAAUUUGUGGAGACAAGCCCAGUCCGAUCCAAAGUCCUCAUGCAUACAAGCGUGCCAAAAUCGAAGCCGACAUAGCCCCCAACCCCGGACACCUCAACUUGAAUCCGAACCGAGACCAAUAUCCCGAAACACAGGUAUAUCGCCGUUGGCAUGGCUCUCGGGACGGGCCACAUCCAUUUCAGCGAGGUGCGGUGGCAGCUCAACCGACUUACCAAGAAACAGAAGUGCAAGAAAGUGGCGAAGCAUCUUCAAGUCGCGUCCCCCUAAACUCGCGGUUGCCACAGGCAGAUGCAGAGUUGAGACCGCCAUAUUAUGUAGAUGGCUGCUUUGAGGUAAAGAUGUACAAUGGUCCAGGCUUUGAGCAGUUUCCUGUUGUGCUAGGCACUGUAAAAGGCCACCAAGAGAUUUGUAACAAGUGGGAUGCAAAAGAAACUAAGAGAUUGCAAAGAAAGGCUGCAAGACUACAACGAGAGCUCUAUUCCCUCAAUGAUCCGACCUACGACCCUGACCAUAUCGACCAGAAUGAUCGUGAGACGGACGCUUCCAGUGAAUUUGAAGAUUGCUGUCUCGAAAGUGUAAGGGGGGUUUUCCCAGACAUUGAAGUUGCUUUCGUUGAGAAGGAAAUCGAAGCCAUCGCAGAGGCUGUGAAACCUGACAUCCACGAUGUUGUUAUCAGACCAGAAUUCGCACUUGUUGCACAGACUAUCAUCGACGAGGUCUUGGAGAUGAAUACGUACCCGAAAGAAGACAUCACUACCUCAUUGAGUAGUCAGGACCCUGCUCCUGACAACGGUACAGGUAUCACAAUCACUUGGGAUCGCGAUCUCGAAAAAGAUGCUAUGUAUCUCAAGGAUGCCGUCAUCUUGGUGGCGAAGACCUUUGAUCAUGUGCCGACGCAUUACAUCCACAAGGUUGUGGACGAGAAAAAGUCAAUCUUCAAUGCAUACGUUCACCUCCAUGAGCAGGAGGAGCAAUUCUACUCUCUAGCAAAACGUCCGUACGCUCGACUAAGAAAUCCUCGAAAGGAGAUCGAGAAGAAAUACCUGCUCACCUACAACGAUCGGCGUAUACCAUACCAGUAUUUUCAUCGGGUCAAUGAGCUGCAAGCUGCUAAACAACAUGUGGCUCGGGAAGCUAUCCAGGACGCCGCCAGAAAGGAAAAAAAGGAGGCCGAGCGAAUCAAUCUUCUCUGGCACAAAGAGAAUGGUGCCUUGGCCGAAUGUCAAUGUUGUUUCGACCCGGAGAUACCACUCAACCGAAUCGUACCUUGUAUGGCUGAUCAGCAGCAUUACUUUUGCUAUGCAUGUGUUGAAAGCCUGGCAAACAGCCAAGUCGGCAUGAUGAAGCAUGAGAUGAGGUGUAUGGACGUCAGUGGCUGUACUGCUGAUCUCUUCAACGAGCAUGUCGGUAAAGCUGUACCGAUAUUAACAUUUGACCGACUGGAGAUGAACAGACAACAAGCCGAGGUCAUGGCUGCUGGUAUUGACGGACUUGAGAAAUGCAGAUGGUGUGACUAUCAAGCUAUCUGUGACACUGUGGAUGAAGAUCCAGUCUUCAUUUGCCUGAACCCCCAAUGCAAGCGUGCAACAUGCAGAAAAUGCAACAAGGACAACCACUUGCCAAAGUCCUGUGAAGAAAACAAGCGAGACGGGGAGCUCAGUGGACGCCACAACAUCGAGGAGGCUCGAUCGGAGGCAAUCAUGCGGACAUGUCCCAACAAGAAAUGCGGCGUCAAAAUCAUAAAAGACUUUGGUUGCAACAAAAUGGAAUGUGUCAAGUGUCAUUCGAAAAUGUGCUACGUUUGCAAGCAAGACAUCACGUACCUCGGCGGCAAUACGUACUGGCAUUUCAACAAACCAGACGCCAAAUGUCCGCUAUACGACCAAGAGGGUGUCGAUCGACACGAACAAGAGGCCAUGGCAGCGGAGCUUGAAGCCAUAGAAGAAGCCAAGAAGGUCGAUGCCGACGUUGAUGAAACUCUGCUUCGAGUCGAAUCGGGAAAACCGCAAAAGCCCAAACUAGAUGACCAUCCGGCUGCGGACAUUUUCUACCAAAAUAUGAUGAAUCGAGCCCGGCGUCUCGAUCACAAUCAACGUCGCGUUCAAGAACUAAACCAGCGUGUUGCUAUCAUGCAGAGAGUGAGGCCGGACCCAGAGCAAGCUGCUUUUAUUGACCACUUGAUCCAGGAAGGACAACAGCAACGUCAACAGUUUGUGCAUCGGAUGAGGAAUCUGGAGCCACGCAUGGACCAAAACUUCGGCGUACCCUUACACUUCGAUGAAAACUUGGGCGCAAGAGUCAACGUAGAUGCGCUUCGAAUGGGCUUGGAUCCCAUCCCUCCACCAGCCCCUCCGGCGAUGCACCACGACAGAUUUGACCAGUUCCAAGGUCCGGCCAAUUUUCCAGAAUACCCAAACCUUCCAAUCCCGGCAGUAGCUCCAGGACUUGCAGCACAUCCUCGCCCCCCAGCACAACACGCUCCUCCUGCACAAGGUGGACUUGGACGCGAGCGUCAGAUGCACCCAAUGCAGUAUCGUCCUGACAUCGGAGCCGGGGCAAACCAGUGGCUUGAGCAAGCUGUCAAUGCUUACGUUAGGAGAGCGAUGGAUCCUCGUGCUGCAGCCGCAGAUCCCCAUGCACCGAUUUAUGGUUGGCCGGAAAACCCGUACAAUGUGAUUCCUGGUGGACGUCGUCCUUGAAGUGGUUGAGUCUCCAUUGAUGUACGAUCGUGUCUCAAUGAAGGUAAAAUGGACACAUAAUCAUGGCAUCAGCGUUCAGCAAUUCCUUUUGCAAAACAAAUAUGGCUGCGGACCACCCGGCCCGUGUUGAACUGAAACAAAAAAAAUUACCUUUUUCCCUUUCUUUCGGUGGUCCGACUUUUUUUUGUUUUGUACGUCCCCCCUUUUUUUCUGCAUGUCCGACGGGGGGGCUAGGUUUACAAUGGCUGGGGAAAUAAAGGACCUGGGCGUCAAUCUGAGAAAUGGGCGUGCGGAAAUGUUAGAUGUCAUUCGGCAGGUGAUUCAUUCAGUCAUCGGGCCAUGGGUUAUGUCACAAGAGGUCCCGGCGAAACAGGGGAGUGUCUUUUGCGUUACGAGACCAUUAGUGAUACACCAGAAAUUCAGAUUGCAUCCGUGAGUUGUGACGGCCCCUGCGAGCUCAGAUUACAAUUGCACCGAGUCCUUUUAGUUUAUUGAAAAUUUAGAAAAUGGAAAAAAAAGUAGCAACGGGUA